AUGGAAGGAGUCCGUAUGGUUCCUAAUGCUAGGCUUGCAGCGGAUUUUGGAGCCAGAUUACUCCCAUCAAUCCCUGAGCACGACAUCCUCAGCCAUGACUUUCCCAACGAUAGGCUUUGGCAACAGGACCGGUUUCCGAGUGCUGAUGCCAAAGGCAGGAUUGCAACACGCCAAUUAGGUGCUCGCCUGUUAGGCCCUGAGAAUGAGUAUGAACGGCGCCUAUUGAUAUCUGACCUUAAGGGCAUCCUCGACAAGAGUCUAGCUUUCGAGUCGGGCCUUGAGAUAUGGGAUCUGCCAGACUACGGUCAACCCCCUCCGUCGUACCAGGAUGCGGUUAAUGACCUACCUCCUGAUUAUGACUCACUCUCCCCUCUAGCCCGACAGAAAGACCUGAUUGACGAGUCAGCGCCAGAUAGAACCCCGGGUGAUUUCGAGGACAACUAUUCUUCUCGGCCUAUUGACUUCGACGAUCCAACCGGUAUCCGAGAAUACAAAGGAGGAAAAAAGAAGAAGAAAGGAGGAGGCGGUGGAGGUGGAGGUGGAGGCGGAGGCGGAGGCGGAGGGGCACCACCGCCGCAAGAGACUACACCACCACCAGAGGAUAACAGUGGAGAGCAGCCGAAUGAAGGUGGAGACGCCGGACAGAACGAUGGCGAUGGAGGCAAUGAUGGCGGGGAUCCUGGCGAUGGGAACAAUGGAGGUGAUGGAAAUGGUGACGGCGGUGACGGAGGCGAUGACUGGGAUGCUUGGAACACCAGCAGCAGCAAAAAGGAUAAAAAGAAGAAAAAGAAGGAAGAGGAAGAAGAACGGAAGAGGAAAGAAGAGGAGGAGCGGCUAGCUAAAGAGGAGGAGGGACGGAAGGCGAAAGAGGAAGAAGAACGAAAAGCAGCCGAGGAAGCAGCGGCUGCUCAGGCCAGUCUCAAUUGGGCUGAUGAAGCUGACGGAGGUGGUGACGAUUCCUGGGCAGGGUUUGCCACAGUUGGGAAGAAAAAGAAGAAGAAGGGAAAGGAUGUCGAUCCGCCCGCCGUCGAGGCACCGUCAAACGGCUUUCAGGAUGUCAGUCUGAAUGAUAGUGGGGUCCCUCAGUUAGAUCUGAAUCUUGACCCUCCUGCAGGCAGCAAUGGUGGUGUUGGCUUCGGUUUCGGAGGAUGGGGCAAGGAUUGGAACACCGGAAGUAAAUGGGGUCUCGACGCUCUCAAUGUGAAUGGCAACGCCAAUGCCGAUAGUGGAAAGGGUACCAACCCUUGGGGUGCCAUUGGCAGUAAGAAAGACACCUCAAAGACCCCCGGUGGUUUUGAUUUCGGGGACUUUGGAGACUCGGGCGAUGCCGGGCAGAAGAACCCUGCUGCAGAAGAGAAGAAGCCCGAGGAGGAUAUUUGGGCCGAUUUCGCGCCAGUUAGCGCCAAGGAUAAGAAGAAGAAAAAGAAAGAUGUUGUGGAGGAACUCCCCAAGGAACCCGAGCCUGAGCCUGAACCGCUACCAGCUCCUGAACCAGCACCUGCGGUAGAUGAUAGCUGGAUGGCCGGUCUUUCCAAGAAGGAAAAGCGAAAGGCGAAGAAAGGUGCCAAAGUCGCCGAGGAGCCACAGGCCCCUGAGCCUGUCAUUGAGGAACCGAAAACAGACAACGUGUGGGGCACGGCUGAGGAAAAGAAGGAGCCAGAAAAGGCUCCUGAAGUGGCCGAUGAUAAUGACUGGGGCUGGGGUGUUUCGACCAAGAAGAAGGACAAAAAGAAUAAAGGCGUACUGGAGACAGUCGCUCCCGUGGAGUCUCCCGCCCCUGAACCUCCCGCUCCCGAGCCUGCCCCGCAGAAGACGAUUGGGGAAUCGCUUGGGGAUCAGUCGGCAAGAAGGACAAGAAAAGCGCCCCCUGAACCGCAACCGGAACCUGUACCAGAGCAAAAGGCACCUGAUGAUGCUUGGGGAGGCUGGGAUGUUCCCAAGAAAGAGAAGAAGAAGAAGAAGGGGAAGGCGGUUGAGCCUGAGCCUGAGCCCGAGCCUGAACCUAUUCCUGAGCCUGAGCCUGUACCUGAACCUGAACCUGAGCCCGAGCCCGAGCCCGAGCCCGAGCCUGCGGCCGAACCUGAACCUGAGCCGGAGCCGGAACCUGAACCUGAAAAGAAAGCCCCUGGAUUGCCCGAUGACCCUCUUUACGACAACUGGGUAAAUUUGUCGUCAAAGGAGCGGAAAAAACGCGAGAAGGCAUUAAAAAAGAAAGGCCUUCCGAUACCUGGAAAAGACAUCGAGAUUCUUCCACCACCAGAAGCAGAGCCCGCGCUAGAAGCGGCUCCUGAACCCGCUCCUGAACCUCCUGUGGAACCUGAGCCUGAGCCAGAACCUGAGCCGGUCGUUGAACCACAACCAGAGCCUGAGCCAGUUGCCGAACCAGUACAGGAAGAACCUGUAGUCGAGGAUAGCUGGGGUAUCUGGACCUCCUCAAAGGACAAGAAGAAGCUUGGAUCCCGACCCCCUGUUCCGGAAGAGGUGGCGGAGGAUCUCCUAUGCGAUGAUGGCACCAAGCCUUCUAAAGGAACCAAAAAGGGAUCCUUUGGCGUGGAUGAAACUCCCACUAAAGCAGCGAGGGGAUUUUGGGCGACGCUCGGUGCAGCUACAAUGGGCUCCAGACCAAAGGCUACAAGGAAAAAAUCAGAGGAGAAGCCAAAGCUCAUUGAACCUGCAAAGGAACCUGAGCCCGACCCGGAACUACCUGUACCUGCCCCGGAGCCCCUUGCUGAUCUGCUUGGGGACAUUGGGCAUGCACCAAUGCCUGAAGCGCCCGAGCCGCCUGUCAUUGACGAGCCAGCCGCGCCAACCGCGCCGCCAGCAAAGAGCACCUCCAAGGCCAAGUCAUCCGCCAAGCUCUCAGUUGCCGAGCGCAUCAAAGCCCUCGAGCAAGCCAAAAAAGAGAGGCUGAAGGAGAAGGCGAAAGCUAAGGAAAUCGUACCACCACCGGAAACCCCUCAGGAAGAACUUGCCGUAGAGAUCCCACCUGAGCCCGUCGAAGCGCCCAAGAUCUCUCGGGAGUCUGUGCCGGGAAGCUUCCCAGACGCCUUUGAGGACGACUUCCAGGAACCUCCACCUCCUGCUCCUGAACCCGAGCCGGAGCCAUCGGUUGAUCCACCGCGUGAGCCUGAGCCUGAGCCUGCUCCAGCCCCAGCUCCUUUGUCCAAAAAAGCCGAGAAGAAGAAAAAGAAGAAGGGUAAGCUUGUGGAGCCCGAGCCUGAGCCGGUACCAGCGCCUGAGCCAGAGCCAGAGCCGGAACCAGCACCUGCGCCUGAUCCUGAGCCCGCACCUGCACCAGUACAGCUCUCGAAGACUGAGAAAAAGAAGAAAAAGAAGGCCAAGGCUGUCGAACCAGAACCCGCGCCACCGGAACCUGAGCCAGAGCCAGAGCGGGCGCUUGGACCCGAGCCCGAACCGGAACCUGAGCCUGCUGCUGAGCCUGUAGACCCACCUGCCCAGGAGCCAAAGGCCACCAAGAAAACCAAGAAAAGCUCCAAGUCCAGAAUGACCGAACUGACCAUGGAGGUACCAUCAGCUGGAGAUGUACCUGCUGAAGAGCCUGGUGCAGAGGCUGGUGGUCCGCCUACUCCUCCACCUGAGCCCGCUGCACCAGGAAGAUCAGCGAAGAAAGAGCGCGCUCGAGUUGAGCGAACUCCCGGUGUUGCUUCGUGGGCCUUCUGGGGCGCUACUCCUACUCCUAGGAAAUCAGCCCAUAGAGAGGUCAGGUCUAGCCGAAGGGAACCUUCAUCCGCCGGAGUCGUACGGUCAAAGUCCACCAAACAUUCAAGGCGACAAGAAGUGCCUCAUGAGGCGGAAAAGACGUCUGGUUCUGACGGAGACAAACGACAAGGGAGCAAAGAGGACCGGACGACAACCUUCUCCAACUUCAUCCUUGGCGGUCCUCCUGCGCCGACCAGAAUGAAGUCAUCACGUAGACAUGGGGCAUCCGCGUCUAAGCAGGCAUCUAGGCGGCCGUCCAUCGACAUCAAUGAGGCCGCACUCCCAACCCCUCCACCGGAUGAGAAAUUUAAAGUGUCGGAUAAAGCAGCGAGGAUGAUGGGGGUUGGUGCAUCGAGGCACAAGGAAAGACCGAGUGGGACGCGGAGAAGAUCCAGCGUACGUGAUCCAUACGCUAUUGAUGACGAUAUUGUCGUGGUUGACCGGGAUGAGGUGGACGGCCAUUCACCGAAGGAAUACUCGAGAGAAUCCCGGGGUCCAGGAAAAGAUCCAGUACAAAGAGCGUAUGAAGAUGACGCGGUCAUGGUCGAGCCAGAUCAACACCACCAAGGGCCAGAUGUAAUGUCGGGUCCGGAUGAUCUGGCAUUUGUGGAAGCACCGAGGGAACGACGCGUAAAGCGCUCUAAUACCUUGCCGAAGAAACAAGACACUGGUGGUCUCAUGGGUCUCAUCGGCUCGCUCCGAAGGAACACACGCCCUGAAAUGCCAGAUCGUCGGAAAUCUCGAUCUUACCGUGAUGAAGAUGUCAGGUACAUGACGGAACCAGAGCGAGACGAGGCUCGACGCUUGACGCGAGAAGAAAGGAGACGCCGCUCCAUGAAACCUGGUAUUGACGACGAAGGCUUCGUUACUGACGGCGGGCCUGUCAGAGGCGUCCCAGACGCCGAAGCGGAAGAAGCUGAGGCAAGGAGAGCGGCACGCCGAUCACACCGCACAUCACGCCAUGCGCCUUCUGAUCAGUUUCGGGAGGAUGAGACUAAGGAAGCCGAAGAAAGACACGCCAGGCGGAGAGAGCGAGAACAAGCUCGCGAGCGAGAGAUGUAUGAGAGGCAAAUGCGAGAAGACGAAGAGCGAGAAGCAAGACGUCGAGAGGAAAGGCGAGCCCGACGAGCGGCUCGUGAAGCACAACGUGCCAAGGAGGAACAAGAGGCCAGGGAGGCAGAAGCUCGCGCCGAAGCUAAAGCUGCAGAACGACGGGAACGGAGAAGACAGCGGGAGGCAGAGAUGCUCGAAAACCCAGCAUACAAUUCAGGAUCCAGACGGCGCCCUCCACGUGCUUCUGAAAGAGCACCGGAAGAUUACUAUCUUGAUCAACGUCAUGAUAUGGAACAAAGACAUCGACGGACUCAACGAUCCGUUGACGACCGCGAGAAAUCAAGACGGCGAGGGUCGAGAGGCCCGGAGCCGGUCAGACCUCCACCUAUGAUGUCUGGGGCUCGGAGGGACAAGACCACCUCCUGGGUCGAUUCGCAGGCGGUUGAUCCCCCCGAACCACCCCCAAUCGUGCCAACGGUGCUCGAUGUGCCACUUCCUCCGGGGGACCAAAACGCACACUCCAUCUCUUCGGACGAGGAGGCGCGACGUGCUUUGCGCCGCCGGGCUCGCCGACGGGCCAGAUACCCGGGCCUCGCCGAUGAAGAGAUCGAAGAGCUGCGCGCGCGGAAGCGUGAAGCUCGACGAUCUGACCGUGCGAAAAGCAGUUCUGGCAGUGGAGAUUAUGACCGGGACCGUGGAAUGAGGUCGUACGACGGCCGGUAUCCUCAUGUGCCGCCUCCGACCUCUGGCGCAAAGAUGUCCAGUUGGUUCAAGAAACUGACCAAUCUAUAA